GUCCACAUAUCACCAGAGUAAUAUCCAAUUACUGCUAACUCUAGCUGCCAUUAGCAAUUAGAUUUGAUUUGAUUUUGAUUCGAUUUGAUUUAGCAUGUUAGCUCAGUUAGCCGUGCAGCUAGCUGUCCGUGUGAUGAGCAUGGUGCUUACUUCGCUACCACAGGACCAGAAAAAAAAGGAAACAUUAUUUGAAUGUUAAGAACAAAUAUUAAGAUAAACUUGCACCCUCAUCCUUGGAAGUAUUUUUUUCAUUAUGCACUAUAAGAAAAAAGUUAAAAUGUCUGGAAUAAACUUGACAUUUUUCAAGAUUAAAGUCUAUCUUUUGAGACUACAUCAGGCAGAGUGUAUAACUGCCUUAACAAAAUGCUUUGUGUAAAUGAACCAGUGGAACUGUACUUCAGAAUCAAAACAAAGAAAUAGUUCCGUUACAGCUCAUAAACACAGUGCAGCUGUCAGUAUUUGGACCUUUAAGAGAUUGUUACACUACACACUGAACAUGACACUCCAAGGAUGUAGUACUGGAGGACUGCAGGCUCAGCCUGCUCUGGAAGAUGACUCAGCCACUCCCCUAACUGGAUCUGAUGGACCAGAAGAGUCGACAUUUUGUAUUUCAUCGUUAUUCUGGACAUUUUGACUUUCUUCUUUAAGUGUAUACUGAAAAAAACAAAACAAAACAAAACAAAACAAAAGAAAAAAAAACCCCAAAACAAUACAAAACGAAAAACAAAAAACCCCAAAAGCUAUCCUCCUUCCUCCGAGUUCUUCUAGAAUGGCUUGAUAAAAACUGAUGGGAUGAUGACAUGUGAUGGGGGGGUAGUAAGAUGUACCAAUGUGAGCCAGAACAACUGCAUAGCGCACAGUCAAAUAAGUGAUUUUUAAUUAGAUAUUCAUAUUUUAAUUACUCCCAUUCUUCUAUCUGUCGAUAAAAGCAUCCGAUACAUCACUUUGAGUGGCUUCUGGGUAUCAAUGCCCCCUUUUCCGCUUUUUACAUGACUGACCGCCAGAGGACGCAGCAAGACUCAUCCACCCGUAAACCCCUCCGUCCCCCCGCCCUGCUCGUAUUUUUCUCUGGGACCUCUCCUCUGGCUACUACACCGUCUCUGAAGAGCGUCCCGAGCCGCUGCUACCUCACCCCCCACCCCGACCCGGUCAGAACCAGACUCAUCAGAACCCACCUGCUCGUCCGGCGGUCUGAAGGUCCGAUAUCAUGUGGACCUGUCGCCGUAAUAUCGUUCAUUCGUCUAGAUCGGGCGCUGAGGAUGAAACAAUGCCAUCAUCACUGCGGUGACAACAUAUAGUGAAACAGGGCCUGAUCAUGGGAGACAGAAGGAGGUCACCAUGUGCAGAAAUCUCUCCAAAUAUGCCCUCAUCUUCCUCUUCCUAGCACUGUCUGGACUCAUCUUCCUUCUGCGCAACAUCCACACUGUGGAGAACUGGAACUGCCACACUAUUUCGGCCCUCUACCAACUCCAGAGCAGGAUCCAAUCAUCCUUCCUCCCAGUGAAUCUGCCUACUUUUCAUCACAACCGCACAUUUUGUGCCCAUCUGGGCCAGAAACCCUCCCCUGAAGAUGAACUGGAAGAGCGCUACCUGUUGGACUCUAUCACCUGGCCAGGGCCACCGCCUCGCUCUUCACCAAUUGUCCUGCGCCAGACGAGUGACCCUGUCCACAGCCUGUUUGCCAUCCUUCCUACUAAAGAGGGAAGGGAGUGGCAUGUGGGCGACCAGCUGGAGGCCCUCGUCCAAAUGCACGACUUCCAGGGUCGUCCCAAGCGCUAUGGUGGGGAUUUCCUCUUGGCCAGACUGCACUCCCCUGAGCUUGGAGCAGGUGUAGCAGGCAAGGUGCUGGACCACGGGAAUGGAUUUUACUCUGCUAUGUUCCCGCUCCUCUGGGUGGGGUCUGCACAGGUGGAGGUUACACUAGUGCACUCAAGUGAGGCCAUUGCUGUUCUGCGACGGCUGAGGGAGGAACGGCCUGAUCGGGUGUUUUUCAAGAGCUUGUUCCGCUUAGGCUUCUUGUCUGAAACUACUUUGUGCAACAUGUGCCUGCCCCCUGAUCAGCAGCCCCUGUGCAACUACACAGAUCUUUACACAGGGGAGCCCUGGUAUUGCUACAAGCCCAAGGUGCUCGGCUGUGACACCAGGAUCAACCACGCCAAAGGAGGCUAUCUGAAACAUCUCCUCACCAACAAAGAAGCACUGCUCUUCCAGAGCGGAGUAAACAUAAAAGUUCACAUACACGCUUCAGGACCCGACAGAAUCAAUGUGCUGCCCCCCAGGAAAGAUAGAGCAGAGGUAGAAAGCAGUGUAAAACCAGAAGCUAUUCAGCUAGCACCAUCUGGAUAUUACUACGAGGAAUCAUGGAGACCAUUAAAUGGUGUGACAAUGCGCCAGUUCAAUGAAUCAUCUGCCAUCACUCAGUGUUUGAAGAAUAAGGUGAUCUACAUGUAUGGAGACUCCACUGUCAGGCAGUGGUUUGAGCACCUGCUUGCUUUUGUACCAGAAUUGAAGGAGUUCGACCUGCACAGUCCUAAAAAUGUUGGACCUUUCAUGGCGGUGGACAGCACCCAUAAUAUUCUCUUGAAGUACCGCUGCCAUGGCCCACCCAUCCGCUUCUCCACUGUCAUAGCCAGUGAGUUGCGCUACAUUUCAAAUGAGCUGGACGGCCUCUCUGGGGGUCCCAACACAAUUGUUGUCCUCAGCAUUUGGGCCCAUUUCAGCACCUUUCCUGUGGAGGUGUACAUACGGAGGCUCCGUCACAUUAGGCGGGCAGUGUUGCGACUCCUGGACCGAGCGCCAGGUACAAUCAUUGUGAUUCGCUCAGCCAACCUCCAAGCCCUGGACCCAGAGGUCAUCGUGCUAUUUUUCUGUUUAUUGAUCCUUCUUGUGGACUGGGUUCAUACAUCUGAGGACUUAAUGAUGCCAUCAUCACCGCAGUGGAAAGCAUACAGGGAAACAGAGCCUGAUCAUGGGACACAGAGGAAAGUCACUUUGUGCCGAAAGCUCUCCAAAUAUGCUGUCAUCUUCCUCUUUCUGGCUGUGUUUGGACUUAUAUUGCUGCUGCACAACAUCAGCACUAUAGAGAACUGGAACUGUCACACUGUUUCAGCCCUCAACCAGCUCCAGAGCAGGAUCCAAUCAUCCUUCAUCCCAGUGAAUCUGCCCACUUUUAAUCACAACCACACUUUCUGUGCCCAUCUGGGCCAGAAACCCUCCCCUGAAGAUGAACUGGAAGAGCGCUACCUGUUGGACUCUAUUGCUUGGCCAGGGCCUCCGCCUCACUCUUCACCAGUCGUCUUGGACCAGUCGAGUGACCCUGUGCACAGCCUUUUCACCCUCCACAUUAAGGAGGGAAGGGAGUGGCAUGUGGGCGACCAGCUGGAGGCCCUCGUCCAAAUGCACGACUUCCAGGGUCGUCCCAAGAUCUACGGUGGGGAUUUCCUCUUGGCCAGACUGCACUCCCCUGAUCUUGGAGCAGGUGUAGCAGGCAAGGUGCUGGACCACAGGAAUGGAUCUUAUUCUGCUCUGUUCCCACUGCUCUGGGUGGGAUCAGCACAGGUGGAGGUUACACUAGUGCACUCAAGUGAGGCUGUUGCUGUUCUGCGACGGCUGAGGGAGGAACGGCCUGAUCGGGUGUUAUUCGAGAGCUUGUUCCGCUCGGGUUCCCACUCUGAGACUACUGUGUGCAACAUGUGCCUGCCCCCUGUUCGGAGGCCCCAGUGCAACUACACAGAACUUUCCACAGGUGAGCCCUGGUAUUGCUACAAGCCCAAGGUGCUCGGCUGUGACACCAGGAUCAACCACGCCAAACGAGGCUAUGUGAAAAAUCUCCUCACCAACAAAGAGGCACCACUCUUCCAGAGUGGUGUUAACUUAAAAGUUCACAUACACGCUUCAGGACCUGACAGAAUCAAUGUGCUGCCUCCCAGGAAAGAUAGAGUAGAGGUAGAAAGCAGUGUAAAACCAGAAGCUAUUCAACUAGCACCAUCUGGAUAUUACUACAAGGACUCAUGGAGGUCAUUAAAUGGUGUUACAAUGCGCCAGUUCAAUGAAUCAUCUGCCAUCACUCAGUGUUUGAAGGAUAAGGUGAUCUACAUGUAUGGAGACUCCACUGUCAGGCAGUGGUUUGAGCACCUGCUUGCUUUUGUACCAGAAUUGAAUCAGUUCAACCUGCACAGUCUUAAAAACAUUGGACCUUUCAUGGCAGUGGACAGCACCCAUAAUAUUCUCUUGAAGUACCGCUGCCAUGGCCCACCCAUCCGCUUCAACACUGUCAAAGCCAGUGAGUUGCGUUACAUUUUUAAUGAGCUGGACCGCCUCUCUGGGAGUCCCAACACCAUCGUUGCACUCAGCAUUUGGUCCCAUUUCAGCACCUUUCCUGUGGAGGUGUACAUACGGAGGCUCCGUCACAUUAGGCGGGCAGUGUUGCGACUCCUGGACCGAGCGCCAGGGACAAUCAUUGUUAUUCGCUCAGCCAACCUCCAAGCCCUGGACCCAGAGGUGAGCCUUUAUAACAGCGACUGGUACUCACUGCAGCUCGAUGAGGUGCUCAGAGCCAUGUUCAAGGGGCUGAAUGUUCUGCUGGUGGACGCCUGGCAAAUGACUUUGGCACACCGCCUCCCUCAUGCUCUCCAUCCACCUCCAGCCAUCAUCAAGAACAUGAUAGACAUGCUUCUGUCUCAUGUUUGCCCAGAGACAAAAAAGCAUACAUCAAUGGAGGUUUGAGAUAAAGAGGCCAUAUCUAUUUAAUAUUUAUAUCAUUAAAUGGGGCAGUGCUACUUAUCAGGAGUUAAUCUGGAUAAUCAGCUGGUGAUGCCUCAUUUUUCACGUCUUCAGUGUGGUUCAAUAAAUGAAAAAACUGUAAAUGAAGUCUAACUACGGCAGCAUCAAGAGUCACUGA